GCGGGGCAGGCGGAAGAGCGGCGGCAGCGCGGUGUUAUAUCACCCGGCCGGGCCCGCGGCGGCCCCGGAGCGGGAGCAGACGGGGCAGCAGCUCCCGGCCAUGUGCUCCGUCAGCGAGGCGAGCGGCGCCGCCGACCCCUUGGCCGCGCGCUUUAAGCAGGUGGAGGAGACGCUGGAGAAGCUGCACCGGGAAAACAGGAGCCUGAAGAGCAAAGUGCCUCGGUACAACGCGCUCUGCGCCUUGUACCACGAGUCCGCCCAGCAGCUGAAGCAGCUGCAGCUGCAGCUCGCGGCCAAGGAGGCGGCGGUGCGGGAGCUGCGGGGCCGCCUGGAGCGGCGGGCGGAGGCGGGCGCGGAGCCGGCGGCCUCACUGGUGGAGAGCCUGGUGGAGCAGCUGGGGCGGGCGCGGGAGCAGCUCCGCGACGGGCAGCGCCUCUGGGCGCGCAGCGAGGAGGCGCUCAGGCAGGAAGUACAGAAGCUGAAUCAGCAACUAGAGGAGAAAAAUGGAGAGAUACAGCAGUUGAUAAAUCAGCCUCCAUAUGAAAAGGAGAGAGAAAUCUUACGACUGCAGAAGAGCUUGGCAGAGAGGGAGAAGGCUCAGGCCACCAGUGAUGUUCUGUGCCGCUCACUCACUGAUGAAACUCAUCAGCUUCAACGCAAAUUAGCAUCCACAGCAGAAAUGUGUCAACAUCUAGCAAAAUGUCUAGAAGAGAAGCAAAGAAAAGAGAAGGGGAAUUCUGAUGACCAGAUACCUACCGAAAGAUCUAAUCAGCUUUUAGACAAUGAAACUUCACUUCAAGCUCUUAUCUGCAACCUACAAGAGGAAAACAGGAUGUUAAAACAAAAAGUAGCUCAUGUGGAAGACUUAAAUGCAAAAUGGCAGAAAUAUGAUGCAAGUAGGGAUGAGUAUGUGAAGCGACUCCACUUGCAGCUAAGAGAAAUGAAGUCACAACUGGAGCAGCAGCAUGGCGUAACUUCAGCGCAAACCAAUUCUGACCUGAUGCACAAGGAGAUACUCCGGUUAAACAAGCUGCUGGAAGAAAAAAUGAAUGAAUGUAUAAAAACAAAGAGAGAAUUAGAAGAUGUGAAGAAGGCUAGUGAAGGAGAUAAUGAGCGAAUACAAAUGCUGGAGCAACAGGUCCUAGUUUAUAAAGAUGAUUUCACAUCUGAGAGAUCAGACAGAGAACGAGCACAGAGUAAAAUACAAGAGCUUCAGGCAGAAGUUGCGUGCCUGCAACACCAGCUAGCAAGAAGACAGGACUCCAGAGACACAAGUAGUCAUUUCAGAGUUCACGUUGCUAACCAAAAUCAUAUGUACGCACAGACGAAUGUUGAACAUCUACGAGGCAACAGCCCAGGCCAAACAGGCAUGAGAAGAACAUCUUCACAGUCUGAACAAGCUUCUCCUCCUGUGGACAAUGGGAACUCGGGAUCUGAGGGCAGGGUACAGGGUGAACUUAGAUGCCCUCAUUGCAUGAAGUUUUUCAGUGAUGAACUGAGUGAUGAAUUCCUCAAGCACGUUGCUGAGUGUUGUCAGUGACCACACGAUGUGAGGCAUAUAAGUCAAUCACUACUUUAUAGACAGUAAAACUUUGCUCUCCUACAGUCCUAAACCAGAGUACUUCAAAUGGACAGGUCUUAGGAAUUAGGAGGAUGAACAACAUCUACCUCUUACGUGAUUUCAUCUUCUCUUGGACUAUGUGAAAGAUAUAAAGCAAAGUGUUUUUAUGAAGAAUUAUUUUUGACAACUACAAGGAAGACAAGCAUAAUGCAAAUUCUACUACAAACUAAACCAAAACUUACAGUGGUAGCUAGAUUCAGAGUGCAGCUUGACUCUUUGAGUCUAAUUCUUUACAGCAGUCUGAAGGCUUGUGGAAAAAAAUACUGAACUUGAAAUUUCCCUCAUCUUCCAAAAAUGUAGGCUGAAGAAAGGGGGGAGGAGCAUUUUGGCAGAAGAUGGGGAAAAAUGUUAUUGUGCUUUAAAUGGAUUAAAAGCGAGUGUUUUUCUUGCCUAGUGAGGAUGAACUUUCAAACAUCUGAAAAUCCUUGUGUUCAACUGAAAUCAGGAGAAGUCAAGAAAAUGUACAAGGGCUGGUUAAUGACUAAAACUAGCCUGUCUUUUUGCACAGAAACAUUGUACAGGGAUAUUUAUUUUUUCUGUGCCACUAUUUUACACACUUGUAAAUGUGUAUUUGUGUAAGUAUUGAUUGUAUUCCUGUUUAACCUAAGGACUAUUUUUUAUAAUAAAAGCAAUUGUGUAGCUGCUUUACUACACUAGUGAGGUGGUCAAAAUCUUUCAGUGUAAGUAUUUAAUUGUGAAAUAGUCCCAGUAACUAUACCCAGGGCUAAAUGUCAUGGUUUCAGAUAUGAGUUAUUUCAUUACUUUGGUGAGAACCAGUGUCUCAGACUACUUUCCAAUAUAUUGAAAAAUUUCUCUUUGUUUAGGAGAGGAAGAAUGACCUUUCAGCUACAUGAGAACACAUUUAAUGCCCUACCCUGCCACACACUUGUGACAAGGCCAGGACUAGCUCAGAUUUCUUCUUACCCUCUCUACACUGGCAGUAAUUUCAACAAAUGUUUUGUGCAGAAGUAUCAGAAGUUAAAGUGCACAAAUACAACAGAGCCAGAGUUUUCUUCCAACCUUGCUCCAGAAUGUUUCUCACCACAUCAAAGCUGGAGUUAAUGAUAAGAUACAAAGGAACAGCCUAGUACAACCCUGACCUUUCAUAAUUAUAAAAAGCAUUAUAUAACAAAAUUACUGUCUUCUGCUUUGCUUCCUUCCUAGUACUACACUUUAGGAGGAUUAUGGAUAUUUUCCUUGAUAUUCCCUUUUCUUGAUCCUGUCUGUUACAGCUCUAAAGGAACAUAAUUUAUGCCAAUGUUACCAUAUAUGUGAUAUUACAAAAAUAAAAAGUGCAUAGGCCAUUGCAUGGAGUGUGCAGGUGCAAUGGUUCUGAUUAAUCUAAUCUUUAACUGGUUGAGAACCUGUGACUAGUUUCUAACUUGUUUUUUCCAACAUAACAUGCAGAGAUUAUUUUUUCCCUUUUUUUUU